UGAAAUACGAUGCAACAUGGGAAAUGUGACACGAGAGUGGUGUACUGCAGUAAGUGAUUUGUACAGCAUUACGAUAAAUAAACGACUUUUUCAAAUCCAUGUAGUCUGAAAUGAAAUAACGCAUUAUCCUAAGUCCCUCCAGUGAUGUGGACCUGCCUAGCUGUCUGCUUUUCAACAGUUGUUUUUAUGUAUUGGUCUUCUUGCUGCACGUGUUUUACAUGGAAACAUUUUUGGCACACAUUUUGGGAUACACCAGAACAUACAAUUUUCCACACUGUCAUGCCAACUAUUGUGUACUGUAUGGAAGGCGGGGCGUGCUGCAGCGCGGGUCACGUGACAUAGACAGCUGAACGGGACAGCCCACUACCGCACAUGCAAACCAAGGAACAGACUGAUUUGUGGGUCUGCUCCCCUCCCUUCGCACGGCCUAUGGAGGUACAGCCACUCCUCCAAGGCGUUCUUGUGUGGACAGAAUCUCAGGGAUGGGAGACUGCAUUGAAGCGUUGCAGACGCACGGAAUUAUUAAUUUCUGAAGACAGCUGUCAAACAGCGCGGAGGACUGGAGGCUGAUGCAGCAUUCUGUUUUUUGUUUAUUUUUUUUGUAUGCAAUUUCCUAGUGUAGCGCGCAAGAUACAUCAACAACAGGACGAGACGCGUUUGACUGGGAGUGUGUUUCAUGGACAACUGUUUAUCUCGGAGUCUGCCAACGCCACGUUUUAGAAAAGAAACUCGUGAACUUAUGCAUUGUUAUGCAUGUUACGCAAAAGCAUGACAAAAAGUACCAUUUGUGACAUUUUCUUCGAAAAUUAAGCCUACCGAUUUGAAGUAUCAAAGGACUGUUAUGAUCGACACACAGAGCACAUGGUGCGUGAUCGUACAAGCUAUUGUGUGACUUUUGAAAAAUAUUUGGACGUAGGCCUAUACAAAUAUGCUUAGGUAAUAUCUUAUUUCGUGAAGGGGCAAAUUGUAUACCCGGGCCGUCCAUAUAUUGAAUAUUCAUAUUUUGUUUAGUUUUUUUCGCUGUCAUUUAAGUUUUUGACCACUCAAGAAAGAAAAUAAUCAGAUCAGCAGAGAUGGAGAGUCAAGAGGAAAAGGAAAACAGCCCACCGAAAUCGGACAAACGAUUCAGUUUGUGGUACAUCGGUUCGUCCGCUUUGGACAGACGGACUACCUUGCCCAUGCUGCCGUGGCUGGUUGCCGAAAUUCGGAGGAAGAGCGAAAAAAACGAUUCUGGUCCCAUCCAGGCUAGAGAAGUUCAGCUUGUGCUCAUACCUCCAUUCAUCAGAUGCGUCCCUUCCAAUAACGCCAACUCAUCUGUCUUCAUAUUUGAACACAAAGCACAGCUCAUUUCUCGAUUCAUUCACAACAGCAAUGAUCUCACUUACUUUGCUUACCUUAUCCGGGGGCAACAAGACAACCCCGAAUCCCAGAUGUCGUGUCACGUCUUCAAGGCUUGUGACCCCAACCAGGUUUCUGAGGUCAUCAGCAGCAUUCGCCAAGUGUCCAAAUCGGCACUGAAGGGUGACGCCAAACCCAAACAGGAGACGGACGAAGCCUUCUACAACUCCCAGAAGUACGAGGUCCUGUACUGCGGCAAGGUGACGGUGGGCCAGAAGAAGGCCCCCACCACGCUGGUGGACGACUGCAUCGAGAAGUUCCGACAGCACGAGGUGGACCGGAAGCGCCAGCGUCUGCUCAGCGGGCAGCGGGCCUCCGCCGACGGCAGCCCGGUGGAGUUCACCGUGGGCGGGGAGGGGGACCCCCUGUCUGCCGUCCUCAACGAGAGCCCGGAGGACAUGGACAGCCUCCAGGCGGAGCUCCCGGACGCCCGAGGAAGGAGCCUGUCCGGCAGCGCCAGCCAGGGCAGCCUGAGGGGCGGUUUCCCAGAAUGCAUCCUGGAGGACUCCGGCUUCGAGGAGCAGCAGGAGUUCCGCACGCGCUGCAGCAGCCUGGCGGGCGGCAUACAGAGGCGGCCCCGGGAGACGGCCAUGAUGCCGCCCGCGCGCCGCCGCCAUGCCAGCGCGCCCAAUCACGUGCAGCCGUCCGACGCCGACAAGAACCGCACCAUGCUCUUCCAGGUGGGCCGGUUUGAAGUGAACCUCAUCAGUCCGGACAGUAAAUCAGUGGUGCUGGAGAAGAACUUUAAGGAUAUAUCGUCCUGCUCUCAGGGGAUAAAGCAGACUGACCACUUUGGAUUCAUCUGUCGUGACCCGGUAGAGUCCGGCCCCAGCCAGUAUGUGUGCUUUGUCUUCCAGUGUGCCAAUGAGUCCCUGGUGGACGAGGUGAUGCUGACCCUGAAGCAGGCCUUCAGUACGGCUGCCACCCUGCAGAGCAACAAGACUCCGGUGCAGCUGUGUGAAGCCUGCCCCAUGCACGGCCUGCACAAGCUCUGUGAGAGGAUCGAGGGCCUUUACCCUCCCAAGGCCAAGAUUGGCAUCCAGAAAUACCUCUCGCAAAUGAGCGAGAACGAGCAGGUGGACAUUUUCGAGCGAGUUACGAAAAUGAAGCCCUCGUCGGAGCAAGAGGAGAACGAGGUGGUGAUCCUUCAUCUCAGAACGCUGUGUGAAACCAAACAGAAGUCCCACCUCCACAUCGGCGAGUGCCCGCAGAACUCGCCAAACAGCGCAGCGGGAGACGGCGCCGGUGGUCGUUUCAAACUGGACGCCCUGAAGAACAAAGCUCGCACCUCUCUCACCAGCUCCCUGGAGAACAUCUUCACGCGGGGUGCCAGCCGGAUGCGCGACCGCCUGGGGAGCAUCGGUAGCAUGAGCAGCUUCGACAGACAGGACGAGGAGUCCCCGGGUCACUCCCCGCCAGCGCCCGCGUCGCCGUCCGGUUUCCAAGACGACGACCCGGGGGCCGAGGGCCUGCAGUUCCGCCGGCGCGCCCACACCUUCAGCCACCCCCCCGUCAAGAAGCGCAUCUCCUUCGAGGGCCCGCCGGCCAACCAGAGCAAGCACCCCCCGCUCCGUCGGCAGCAGUCAUUGGCUCCCGAGCUACUGCAGCACAGUCCCGCGGGCGUGUCGCGAACCCGAAGCGUCUCGGAGAGCGAGACCUCCUCCUUCAGCCUCGCUUCCUCCUUCUCCGCUCCCACUUUCCUGAAAAGCUUUUACCAAGGCUCUCUGGGCUCGCUGGCAGACAGUGGGAGUCUCAAGAGCAAUGGGGAGGGCAGGAAGAGGACCCUGUCGGCCUGCAGCAACGACUCUGUAGGCGCAGCGGAGGUCGCGACCCCCCGCAAGGUCUCCUGGAGGCAGAAGAUCUUCCUGAGAGUCGCCUCGCCCAUGAACAAGCUGCCCGCGUCCAUGCAGGACCCAGACCCGUGUGAAGCCCGGGACCUGCUGCCCCUGUCCCCCCAUCUGAGCCCCCUGGGCUGCCAGAUGUCCCGCUCCACGUCCCAGGACGGCGGCCCCCCCGGGGGGCCCCCCCGGAGGACGGUGGCCGACUACCGGCUUCUGUGGAGGAACGCCAUCCACCAGCAGAUCCUGCUGCUGCGCAUGGAGAAGGAGAACCAGAAGCUGGAGGCGAGUCGUGACGAGCUGCACAUCCGCAAGGUGAAGCUGGACUACCAGGAGGUGGGCCCCUCCUCCAAGGAGGUGCUGGCCCAGUGGGAGAAGAGGCUGACCGCCCCGGGACGGACCACCGUACUGCAGCGCACUGAGGAGCUGCACUCUGCCCUCUGCCAGGGCGUGCCUAAGGGCCGGCGCGGCGAGGUGUGGCUCCUCCUGUCCCACCAGCACCGCCUGCGCCACCGGCUGGACCAGCGCCAGCUCUUCCCCCCUGACACCCCCUACCAAGACCUGCUGAAGCAGCUCACGGCCCAGCAGCACGCCAUCCUGGUGGAUCUAGGCCGGACCUUCCCAAAUCACCAGUACUUCUCAGCCCAGCUAGGAGCAGGGCAGCUUUCUCUUUACAAUCUCCUGAAGGCCUACUCUCUGCUGGAUACAGAGGUGGGCUACUGCCAGGGGGUGAGCUUCGUGGCAGGGAUCCUGCUGCUCCACAUGAGUGAGGAGCAGGCCUUUGACACGCUCAAGUUCCUCAUGUAUGACCUGGGCUUCCGGCGCCAGUACAGACCCGACAUGGUCUCUCUGCAGAUCCAGAUGUACCAGCUUUCCCGCCUGCUGCACGACUACCACCGCCGGCUGUACACCCACCUGGAGGAGCAGGAGAUCGGGCCCAGCCUCUACGCCGCGCCCUGGUUCCUCACGCUCUUCGCCUCGCAGUUCCCCCUCGGAUUCGUCUCACGCAUCUUUGAUUUCCUCUUCAUCCGAGGCACGGAGGUGGUGUUCAAGGUGGCGUUGUGCCUCCUCAGCAGCCAUGAGGAGGAGAUAAUGGAGUGUGACAGCUUCGAGAGCAUCGUGGACUACCUGAAAACUACGAUUCCCAGCAUGACCGAGGCACAGAUGGAGCAGACCAUCGCUAAAGUGUCUGAGAUGGACAUCUCCAAGCAGCUCCACACGUACGAGGUGGAGUACCACGUCCUCCAGGACGAGAUGGUGGAGGGCGGGCCCCUGGCGGAGGACUCUGAGCGGCUGGAGAAGCUGGAGAAGACCAACGUCCAGCUGAAGAGGCAGAACAUGGAGCUGCUGGAGAAGCUGCAGGCGGCGAGGCAGAAGAUCCAGACGCUGGAGACGAACGUGGAGAGCUUCCUGUCCCGGGAGAGCAAGAUGAAGCACUCCAUUCGCUCCCUGGAGCAGGAGAGGACGUCGUACCAGAAGACGGCCGAGCGCAUGCGCUCCUGUCUCCCUGCCGACGCCUUGGCAGAUGUGGAGAUGACCCAGAUCAAAAUGGGCCCCAAUGGAAAAGCCAAACCCGUGGCCAAGAAGCCCUGAUUGGGUACCCCAAGCA